CUCUAUGGUAGCCGGGGCGGAAGCGGAAGCGGGCGGCGGUAACUUGGUAACGGCGCGCGGCAGCCUGAGAGCGGGGAGCGGCCCCGGCCCCGGCCCGGCCCAUGGGCGCGCCGCGCCCGGCCCGCCGGAAGCUGGUGCUGCACCUGGACCUGAACAACACGCUGGCGGCGCUGGACUCGGCCACGGGGCAGGGCCCCGGCGCGGCGCUGAACGGCUUCCUGUGCGGCGCGGCCUGGGGCGCGCCGGGCCCCGCGGGUGAGUGGCAGUGGCUGAGCGACUCCCCCUCGUUGCUGCCUCCCUGCCCCGGUGCUGUAAAUUUCUAUUCUCAGUAUGGCCGCGAUGCUACGUUCACGGAUACGGCACUGGGUCGGCCUUUCAGAAGUCUGCACACACACCACUUGCAGCUCCUGGAGUGGCAGGGCCAGCCACACAAAGUGUUCUCUGUCCAAGGCGAGCGUGCCAAGCACUACCACUUGAUCCUGCCCUCCUUCUUCCACCUCCUGGAGUCGCUGCACCGGGAGGGGAGGCACUUCGCUGUCGUCUUCAGGACCUUUGGCACCGACCUCCCCCGCAUUCUCCAUGCAGUGCACUGUGCCUUGGAGGGGCAGCACCCGCAGUUCCCUGCCCUGCGAGACCUCACGCUACCGGUGGAGCUGACUGCGGGCCGGAUACGCUGCAGUCGGCGCGAGGUGGUGCUGAGCCGGGGGCCGGAGCGCGUUUCCACCAGGGACGAUGGGAGGAAGCUGUACAGCUAUUUCAGCUCCCUGCAAGGCUUGGGCGGCUUCCAAGACCACUUUGAUUGGUGGGCCAGAAAUCAGUUCUCCUCCCGGGGUGGGAAGCCCCUUUGGAUUGACCCGCACGACUCUAGUGUGCACCACAUCUGCAUCGAUGACAACAUUCGACUGAACGAUUCAGACACCAUCAUUUGUCCCCAGGUGUUUUCAGGGAGAGGAGGCAGUUGCACCAGGCCAGCUCCCACCUCGGAGCUGUAUGAUGUCUGCCUGGUGCAGACCAAUCUCCUGGAGGCCAUUGCUGAUGAGGGCUAUUUCCUCCGCUGUGUGAGAAGGUGUGAGGAGAACUAUGAGCACUACCUGGCCAGUGCUGAGAGCCAGCUGUGUGACGCAGAGUAGAGUCACUCUGGACCCAGCAGCUGGAGGGGGGACGUGGGGUCCUGUGGGUUGCUCCCAGUUUGCAGCUGUCUGCACUUUGAUUCCUAGGCUGGGCCCCGGGCCCUGUUGCACCCACAUCCCAGUGGAACCAAUGCACUUGCUUUUAGCUGUCCUCCCCUUCUUCCGGACAGGUGUGUGCUCCUGAGCUGGAGGCAGGACGCUCCAGACACCCUUCCAAAAUGCAAGUGUCUGCCUGCUGUCCUGCAGGAGGAAACUGCCUCCAGCCAUGCCCAGGCUCAGCAGCGCUUUCUCCACUCUCGGUGGAGGUUGGGGUUUUGGAUCUUGCCUCUCGAGAUGCCUGGCUGGGCAGUGCUCCUGCGGGUGAUCGGUGUCGUCUCCACCUUGGCUCAGAGACGUCCCUGCCGCACAGUUAUGUUUGCGCUCUAGCUGUGCUGCAGUACAAAGAGUUGUCGUCAUCCUCUGCUGUGUUUUCCUUCCUGCGCUAAGGAUCUCGCCGUGUAUGGGCGUAUUUCAUUAGAAUACCAGUGUGCGUGUAACAUCGCCCCUGGACAGCUGGGGUAAUUACUCAGGGCUGUCUUCGCUCAGCAUGCCUACAAGUAACAGGGUAAUGCUCUCCGUCGCUUCUGAGGGGAGACUCCUGCCGCUUGGCUCCCCCCGUGCAGAUGGAGCAGCGCCUCUAGCGGGAAUGUUGCUAAUAGGACUUUGAUAAGAGGACGAAGAUGGAGACACAGUGACCGUCGUUCUAGUCCUGUCUCUGACCUGCUGGGUGAUCUUCGGCCAGUCACUUUCCUUUUUGCUCUUCCUGUGUCCGUAUGCCACCUAGCUACCUCUGUGCUCCAGCACUUGUGUGGGGCCUGCUUUCUAGUCUGCUUCGGCACAGAACUGUGCAAUCUCCUCGGGCUGUUCUGGCAAAGACACCUCUGAGGAGAUGCAGAGGCCAGAGUAAAAACCCAAUGUGUGUGAUGUCCUGCUUGGAGCUACAGCAGCUCCUGGGGCUGAAAGGGGAUGUGGCGAGAGAUUCGCUGGCAGAAGUGCUAGCCAAGCUAGCUCACGCUUGUGAAGUGCUCUUUAGAAUCGUGGGGAAAGUUACGCUGGAUCUGAGUCCAGCUAAGUCUGGUUACAAAACCGCAUCCAGCUGGGUGUCCAUUAGAGCAGGGGUCCCCAACCCCCGGUCCGCGGCCUCUUAGAAACUGGGCCACGAACCGACCCAGUGGAACUCCCGCAGGCGUGCCUGCGGGAGGUCUACCCGAGCCGCGGGACAAG